UUGUCGAUGUUUUCGUAAAAGGAAAAAUCUAAUAAAUAUUUCAAUUCCAACUCAAACGCACGCUUCAUUUGAACAAGAAAAAUUAAUUAUCGUCAACGAAUAGUCAGUGAGUUAGUUAGUUAGUUAGACGUUUAGUUUUCCAUGUUUAAGUGGUGAACAUUAAAACGGACAAAAAUAGAAUUGAGAAGCGAAGAGAAUGUGGAACAAACUGUUUAAGAAGAAACAAUCGAAAUCAGCAAAUAAAUCACAGAAUGAUGCGCCGACGAAGCAAACGACGCCACCCGCCUCAACAACAACAUUUUGUUUCUCUUUUCGUGGUGCAAAGAAACCUAACAACGAUCAUUAUAAUAAAAUGAACGAAAACUUUCAAUAUUUUCAGCAUGAAUCGGAAAUUUAUAGGAAACCAGAUUACAAUCGAAGACAUGAAUAUUCUCAACUUUAUCAACCUGUACAACAUCGUCAUCCCGAUGAAAAUCAACAACUUAAUGAAAUUUUCAUUGAAAUUCCACAACCAAACAUUCGACUUGACUUGUGUCCCGUCUGUUCGCGUAAAUUUGCACCGGAAACUCUCUUGAAACAUGUAAUAAUUUGCGAGAAAAUUAACACAAAGAAACGGAAACCUUUUGACUCGUCAAAGCAACGACUCAAUGGAACAGAAUUUGCUUCGGUUUCAGCGACGUCUUCACCAGUUGCAACAAAUCGUUUGACACCAUCGCGGUUUGAAAGUCGCGUUUCACCACCAAAAACGCUUCAACGAAAAUUAAGUGAGACGAGUCUGAAAUCUCAACCAGCCACAUCAACUUCAUCUCAUUACAACAUGAGUCGAAAGAAUUCAAGUGUCAGUUUGGGUGGUGGAACACCCAGACUGUCAGUGAAACGUAGCCUUGUGCAACAGAAUGAAAAGUGUCCAUAUUGCGAAAGGAAUUUUGGAUUCAAAGCCUACGAUCGACAUGUUGAAUGGUGCAAAGAGAAAUCUCUGAUCAAGCCUAGUCCCGACACCGCAACUGUGUCAGCUGCAAAGGAAAGAAUGAAAACUCGAAUCACCUACAAGGCUCCAUGUUUAAAAACAAAACGAACCACAACAAGAGAAAAAUACUCAAAUAGUUGCAAUGGUUCGACCAACAGUUUAGCUGAUUUCGAUUCACAUUUAAAUUCCAUGAGCUCAUCAAUGACAAGUGAACAUGGCCUUUAUGAUCCAUUUUUAUCGGCCAAGAAGCAACUGGAAGAACUUUUCACGCCCACUUCAUCAACGCCUACAACGCAAAUGAUUAAUUCAAUGAUGGUACCAACCACACCGUCAUCGGAAGUUAAUAAAGUUAAUAAUAUCAACAACGACAUUAUGUCAAAGUCUCUCACUCUCACCAGUCAAGCUGUCAAUUCCCCAAAGACACCACAGCCGAUCCCAAAAAUGCAAAGCAACUUCAAGCGCACCUCUUCUUUGCGAAUUUCAAAUCGCAAGCCCAAGCCGACUAUUUACACGCCACCGGUAAAGUCAAACAUUCAUUGCGGAAUCACUGAUGAUGGCCCAAUUUCACCAAACUUUGUUAAAGCGACAGACUACGAUGAACUUCCAAUUAAGUCACCUUACAGUGCCAUUAAAAUGUGCGAGAAAAAUUUGAAGCAAAAUCAAGUGAUGCCCUUGCGAGUGUCACCAGCGAGAGCUUCGCCAUCACCAACAAUGCCAUCAAUUAAUCAACCAAUAUUAAGAGACAAAAAUGCCGCAUUGACAAGAAAGAAUCUCAAACUUGAUAUAAGAAAUCCAAACAAACCUUUGCAUCAGGAUUAUCCACUGUCAAAAACGGAUUCACUUGCACUCUUCUUAAAAUAUGAAAAUGAAUUGACAGCAAAAUUAUCAGAAAAAGAAAUGAAAGAUAAAAGUAACAGUUUAAGUAAAAGAUCACAAGCAACGAAUAAUCUCACAUCUGUUGGAUUGAGUUUAGAUCAUAAACUUCCAGAUAUUAAUCAUGGAAUAUCAACAACAACUCCACAACCGACACCACGAAUUACAAAUGGAAAAAGUUUUGAUGAAAGAAAUGCUUUGAUAUCGAUCGAUAAUUUUCAUAAAAAUCCCCAGGAAAAUAUCAAUGAAGAGAAGAAAAGUCAUUCAGCUCCAGUUAAAACAAUGAAUGCUUGUGAUAACUUGCCCGAGUUGAAUAACGGGAAUAAUGUCAGUGACAAGAGUCGUUCGCCAUCUAUGGAUCGCAAAACUGGUGAAGAAGAAUCUCCGCAAUCGGGACGUCGAAGUGCUUUACGUCGUCAAAAGAAAUAUAACAUUGACAACAUUUUGUUUGGCAUUGAUAAUGAACAAGAAGUGAAAUCGACAACACCAAGCAGUGGCAGUGAUAACAGUAACAACAACAGUCUGAUACGUCCAACAUCGCGAACAUCAAACACUGAAUCAAUUUUUGAAGAUUUUGAUUUUGACCAAUUUAUUGCUUCAUUCAACGAUGACGAUCAAUUUCCAAUAUUUAAAGAUUAUAAAGCUUUGUUGAACAAGACAGUAAAUGACGAUAACAGUAACAAGCCUUUAAACGAUACUAAUAAGAGUCAGCCAGAAGAAAAUCCUUUUGGAUUAACUAAAAAUCUUGUCGACACAAAACCAAUUCCGAUUCAACAACCACAAAGGUCUGAAGCUGAAUUAAGUGGCCUUGAGAAGUUAGACAAUUUAUGUAAAAUGUUGAGUGGAAACUCUGAUUCAGAUGAGAGUAAUAGUCUUGAGACAGAUUCACAAGCUAUUCGAUCAAAAUCAAGUGCUGAUUCAGCUUAUGGAAGUCUCUCUAGUCAGUCUAGGCAAUCUCAAUCACCAUUUGAUCAUCGUAAGAUGACCAACAAUAACUUCAGUACCUUCAGGCCGACUCCACCACCACCACCAAUUCGUCAGCAUUUGGAAUUGAAGACAACUGAGAUAGUUUUGAAUCCAGUUAAACCGCCAUACUUUCAGGAGACAAUUAUGAUACCCAGGAACGGAAAUGUUCUACUCAACAGAUCUACCAGCACUGAGAGCAGUAAAUCUGAUGCACCUUAUUCAAAGUUCUGUCACGAAUGUGGCUACAAGUUCGUCGUUCCAACUGCAAAGUUUUGCAUUGAGUGUGGUGUUCGACGAAUUAAAAUGGUUUAAUUUUAAUUAAGUUAAUUUUUGGAAUUCUUAAUAACAAGCAAUUUUUAUAUUUGUUAAUUGAAUUAAUUUACUUUGCUUCAAUAAGUGCAACAAAAAGUUCUGGUCGACGACAUACAAAAAGCUUCAUUCCCUUAAAAAGCUCCCCUUAAAGCUUUUAUUAACCCUUCGGAUGCUACGCGUCGUUCUUUCCCCUUCAUCUUUGACUUUUCUGAUUUUAUUUGUUUUCUGAUUAUUUUAACAAGACUGACAAGAAAAUGAAGAAAAAAAAAUUAAUUCUUUUAUUUGCUUAAUGACGAAAGCAAAAGACUCACCACAGCCAGCAAAUUUAACACACAGCUUAUUUAAAAUUAGGAAAACGAGGAGUAGGAGGAGGAGGUGAAGAAUGAGUUUAACAGUUUCUUAAUUAUUCACAAAAAUAUGAAUUCAAUCAAUUGUAAUUAAUCAAACUGAAUAUUAUAUGUAGCCUUCAAAAUUGAAAGAUCAAAAAUAAAUAAAAGAUUCAUCUUUAAAAGUAAAAUUAAA